AUGAGCAACAAACAUCCGUAUAAUACUCGGAUGACGUCUCAAUCCAGUUCUAAGAUGAUGAAUGUACCUGUUUCAACACAUGAAAUGAUAUCAGUAGCGCGGAAAGAAGAUAUUCCCUCCAACAAACAUAAUUUUGCUCAAAUUCCUUCUCGUUCACAGGGAAUGUCAUCAGAGUCACUACGCAUGAAUUCAAAAAUUAAAAAUACUUCCCGUACGAAAGGAAAACAAUCUACGAAUCAGUCAGGUCCUGUACAACCAAUUGAUUUUUCAACUAUAAGAACAACAUACCCUUAUCAAGAUGAAGUUAAAUCUAAGCGAUUGUAUAAUCUUCCUGAGGGCAAGACAUUUUAUCCCACAUGGACAGAAUUUCAAGACCCAUAUGAAUAUAUUGCUAGUAUAACUAAAGAGGGAUCACGCUACGGUAUUAUAAAGAUCAUUCCUCCGGAAGGAUGGAAGCCAAAUUUUUCGUUGGAGACCACUCGAUUCAGGUUUAAAACAAGGAAACAAAAAGUUAACACUAUGGAAGGUGAAACUAGAGCCAAAUUAAAUUACAUCGAACAAUUACAGUUGUUUCACGCACAGCAGGGACGUCCGUUCUCAAGAUUACCCCAGUUAGAUAAAGCACCUAUAGAUUUACACAAGCUUGCCAGAGCUGUAGCUGAUCGUGGUGGUCCUCACGAGGUAUCUAAGAAUAAGCAAUGGGCUGAAGUUGCCCGUGAGAUCAAAGAAGGUGGAUACUCGCAAACUUGUACUUCAGCAUCUAAAACUAUAAAAGAACGAUAUUUCGAUUUCAUUGAUCCAUAUGAAAAGUAUAUAGCUGAGGCGAAACGAGAGUGCAAAUUAGGCAAACUUGACAUUAAAGUUGAUCUUACAAAACCCGAUGACGUAUGUGGAAAAUGUGGAAAAUUGACAGAAGGCAAUGAAGAUGUAUUACACUGUGAUGGAGAUUGCGAAAAACCAUAUCAUAUAGAUUGUCUUAAUAUUAAAAAAGAUCAUCUUAACCCCGAUGCACAAUGGCAUUGCCCAAUGUGCCUUUUUUUAACUGGUACUGAUUACGGCUUCGAACCUGGUAAUGGGUUCACUCUGAGGGAUUUGCAACAAACUGCUGAUGCCUUUCGACAACGUCAUCUUAAAAAUCAUCCCGUACCGCCUGAGGCAUCAAUGGAGGAUCAUAUUGAAUCCGAAUUUUGGCGACUUGCACAUUCGAUGGAUGAUAAUACAGAAGUCUUUUAUGGUGCAGAUAUAAAUUCAACAGAUUAUGGCAGUGGUUUCCCUUGUAGUGAACGUGACCGAGAUGAUCCAUACAGUAAAGAUCCUUGGAAUCUUCGAAAUCUUCCUAGAUUAACUGGUUCACUACUUCAUGACAUUACUCCAGCCAUCCCUGGGAUGAUGUUGCCUUGGGUAUAUGUUGGAAUGAUUUUCUCUGCGUUUUGCUGGCAUGUUGAAGAUCAUUAUACCUACAGCAUAAAUUACAUGCAUUGGGGUGAGACAAAGACUUGGUAUGGAAUUUCGGCCUCACUUGCAUCAAAGUUUGAAGCAGCCGCGAAAAAGCUCUUGCCAGAACUAUUUCAGCACCAACCAGACCUAUUGACACAACUGACCACUAUUCUAAAUCCAGAAAAGCUGGUCCAAGAAGGAGUUGAAGUUUUUGCUAUAGAUCAACGUCCAAAUCAGUUUGUAAUAACAUUUCCACAGGCGUAUCACGCUGGCUUUAAUCACGGGGCAA